UCGCUGUGUUCACAGGAGGCGACCGCCACAGGCAUUCACCUCCGUACCGGAGGAAGAGGGUAAAAUCCGAGGGUAGGGCGGCACGUUCGCGCACUCACGUUUCAGGCAUAAUUUUUUUAGGAGGUAUUGUCCAUGCAUAGAGAGAACAUAGAGUAAACUAGUAGGUGUUCUGUGGUAACCUUUUAUACAUUACUCUAUAAUAGAACUACUUCCUGUUUUGUGAUUGCUGCCGAAGUUCUCAGCUUCGGAGUGAACUACACGGAAUUAUAGCUUAUGCAGCCAGACUUUGAAAUGUCCAUGUGAACGCCUCGAAAUUAAGCUGUUCGAAGUACCUAAUGGGACUGUUUGGAAAAACGCCAGAGCGAUCGCCGAAAGAACAGGUGCGAGAAUGGACUUCAAAGCUGAGAAAAGAAGGUUACCAGCUGGAUCGCCAGAUCAGAGCUAUUCAGAGACAAGAAGAAGGUGUCAAGAGGUCUUUGAAAGAGGCGGCGAAAAAGAAUGACAAGGAGGUUUGUCUCAUACUUGCUAAGGAGGUGCUUCGUGCUCGCAAGGCUAUCAAUCGCAUCCACGCUUCCAAGGCACAGCUAAACUCAGUCGUGAUGAGCAUGAACCAUCAGCUUGCUACCCUUCGGUUGGCCGGCUCAAUGCAAAGAAGCACCGAGGUUAUGAAGAGCAUGCAGCAGUUGAUCAAAGUGCCCGAAGUAGCACAGACGAUGCGAGACCUGUCGAAGGAAAUGAUGCGAGCAGGAAUAAUAGAAGAAAUGUUGGAUGAUACCAUGGAAGGCCUUGAUGACCAGGAUGACUUGGAAGAAGAGGCACAGGAGGAAGUCGACAAAGUCUUGUGGGAGCUGACCGCAGGUCAGCUCGGCAAGGCCCCAACUGCAGUCACAGAGUCCUUACCAUCGGAAGACAUCCAAGAAGCUGGUCCGUCAUCUGCUGUAGCAGAAGACGAAGAUGACGUGACCAAGAUGCAAGAGCGAUUGCAGGCCUUACGGAGCUGAAUUGUAGCUGGCCUGUGGCUUGUACACAAAGUAUGGUUGUUACUACCAUUUGCCAUGCUGUCAUAGUUGCUAUUUCUUGUUCACUGCUUGCUGGCAACUUGCGAACCUGUGAAGUACCUUUGUGCUUCCUCAGGAUGACAGUGUCCGCAACUCAUGUGCUUUCACUGCUAUUAAGUGUGACAGAGCCACUAUUGUGUGGUUCUGGGUAGUGGAACAUAAAUCAAGCUCCCUCCCCUUUGAUUGUUGCUCUUACUUUUGAGCAUCAAUACCAGAAAAAAUUAAAAUAGCCAUAUUUCUGUAUAGCUUCUUAAGUUGAGGCCAUUCCCAGGACACAUUUGGUCGUUUCGGAGCGCCACUAAUUGACAAAGGACAAUUGUGAUAUUCACACUUGAGCAUCACAAUACCACAAAAAGUACCAAGCACAGGGUCUUUCAGUGCCAGGACAAGGAACAAGGGCAUUCUGUGCUUUUUAGGUCUCGACAGCUCUUGCAAGUAUCUAUGUAACCACUGCUUUUCAUAAGCUAGCAAUCCUUGCUGGGGGGAGAUCCAUCAUUGUGAUGAGAAAAAGAGAGAAUUUAUUUACAGAAAGGUAGAGAGGCUGGCCUGAGCUAUAGUGACAAUUUUUGAAACUCUCAUGGGCCUUUUUCAGAUAGGUAGUCUGGGCGUUGACGUCGACAAGGCACGCGUCAUAAGUUUUAGUGGCUGAAUCGCGACAAAUGUAGACCAAAAGACAUCUUGUGUCACAAACUUGCAAAUGCUUCUGCUCAAGGCAGGUCGAUGUCCUACCAACGCGUUGUGGAAAAUUUCGGAGGCCAAGGGCCACCAGUUUCAAUUGUUGGUAUCUCUACUCGAGGUGCUUUGCAGACCCAGAAAAGGCCCACUGCGUUAAUUGUUGCAGUGGAACAAUAGUACAAUUCUGGGUAGUGGAACAUUGAUUGCAGAUCAAUCAAGGUUACCUUUCAAGACGCACGCGCAGUGGCAGCGACAGCACCUCAAGGGUUCGCGGUGCGCUAUUUUGUGGAGACAUAACCUUUACUUCUGCGUGCGUGUGUGCAUGGUAUGUGCGAUAAAACUGGUAGAUCCAUCGUGCGCUCGCUGGCGUUGUGGCGUGAGCAGUGAUCCUCUGCAAGAGCGAAAGUCAAGGGCAGACUAUAUUCGCCGCAUGUUCAGACCUGUUCAGACCGCAUGUCUUUCGACUGGUCGCCCGGCAGAAGAGGCGGGCAUCUUGCGCUUUUGCACAUACAUUGCUGUCACGUGGCAAUGCUUUUUUUUAAGGAUCAAAAUUGUAACGCAAUUACAACUGCUUGCCAUGCCUCAAUCACCGCACGGCAUUCCGAUUCGCUGCGGCAAAGCGGCGAGCCGCAAAAAAUUGGUCGUGGAAUAAUCAGCCUUGCCACCUGGUUUUCCUCCAGUUUUUGCCACCUAGAGAGGUUGUUUUCCUCAAUUUCCGCAUUGCCGUUUUGGCUGCCCCGUCUUUGGUGUGAAAAUUGCAAUACCGGAAAAAAGAAAAAUGGCUGUGGUUGUGUGCAGCUUCUUAGAUCAAGACAGGCAAGGUCAAGUAGCCACAUUUUGUCAUUUUUGAGCAUUACAAAUAAACAUACAUUACACUUAGUGACAACUUUUCUUGGCACUAAAGGGAAAGCUAUGGAGGUGGAACUUCUGCACAUUUAGCACUUAGCACUACGCAAAGUAGUCCGUUAUGGCCCGCUUCUCGUAACGCUGCGGAAAGUGAGGGGGGCGCACCAUCUGCGUUUUAUGUAGGCGCAGACGCCGCUUAGCGUUUGAGAUGCACGUAAAAAGGCGAGACUUUCUCACGCAUUCAAAAACGCUAAGUCACAACUGUUAAAUCGAAAGAAUUACAAAAAUAUCUUACUGGUGUGAGCUGCGUCCCAUCUUGUAGAAAAUAAAGGAGGAACAUUUAUAUAUCACGUUGAAAAUAUGGUCAGAUGUCUGUGCAUGAAAUUGAGCACAGGUCAGUAUAGUUUUUCAAAUGUCAUAAGCAAGCCAAAAAACGUUUCAAUUUUAUACAUAACCUAACCUAUACAUUCACUGGCGGUAGGAUUUAAGCAAUUUGGCUCUGUAGCCUUCGCUCCAAUGCCCAGAAAAGUUGUCGCCACGUAUAGAUAACACAGAGGCGUGCCAGAACAGGUAACAAAGGCAUUCUGUACAUUCGUGGUCUCGAUCACAUCUUUUCAUGGCAAUGUCAUAAAGUAAUGCAUGCUAGCAAGUAGCACCACUAUUUCAAUUGCAGCAAAGCACACUAAGCAUAGAGGCUUCUAGUGCCACAACUAGCAAUGGGGGCAUUCUGUGCAUUUUUGGUCUCAAUGGUUCACUGCUGCUCUCGACGAGCUAGCAGUUUCUUAUUGGAGGCAAUUCAUUCACUGAAAUCGUCACACUUGUGGCUUCGCUACUAUAUGGCUUCAUAUGACUAACUGCCACUGUCCUUUUCAUCCAGAAAGCAUGGAUUUACACAGCCGCGUCAGGGAACUCAGCCUUGUCGUUCUGCGAAGGCUAUAAUUAACAAGUUCAGCAUCGGGAACAAAAAGAUUGCCACAAUAAAGUUUAUGCCCCUUCAAGGGCUGUUGAGGUUGCAAUAUCUAUGAACAUGUGUGGUUCUACCAGCAGACUUUUCCGCUGAAGCAGAGGAGCAGCCUGCUUGAGCAAUGGCAGUUCCAGUUUUCUAGUUUUAUUCAUUGCUAGAGUUGAACUUUCACUAAUAAUAUAUUGACAAUGAACAUUUGCAAGCCUUAGGUUGUCCAUUCUGCAGACUUGUGCACUGUUGAAUAAAAGUUGGUCUUCAAUG